AUGGACGCGCCCGAGGGCGGCGCGACGAGCUCCGUGAGGUUGUUCGUCGACGCCCAGGUCACGUCGGACGCGGACCCGGCGGCGGCGCCGCUGCUCGUCAGCAUCUGCCCGGCGUGCUUGCCGCCGCUCGGCGGCGUCCCGCUCCCGCCGCUCCCCGGGGAGUCCGGGCGCGGGGGGAUGUUCAGCGCGGGGACGCCCUCGGUCAACGUCGGAAGGUCCGUCCCGGACGACAUCCCGCGCUUCUCUGUCUCUAUCUCUCCCUAA